GAGGACUGGCGGCCCCUCCAUCGUGCGGUGCGCCUGCGCAAAAACCGGCUCUUUGGCCCCGGCGUCCCCGCGCACUCCCCUGGUAACCGCCCGCCCCCUCCCUGCUUGGAAACGGGCUGCUGGCCUAGAGGCUACCGGGCGUGUGGCGGCGGCGGCGGCGGCGGCAGCGGCGGGCGACUGACCUGGCCUCCCUGUCUGGAAGCCUGCGAUCCCUUUUGAACUAUGGGAGACCCGCCGUCUGACCCUGACCCCCCUUCCGGGCCGCCUGAUUCUAGACGGAGGAGUUCCCAGGUUUCCCGGCGGCGGCGCAGUCGGGAACUCCAGCCCACCUUCUCCGAGGAGGCGGAAGCGGAGCAGAUACCCCUGGAUGCCGGGAUCCUGCAGAGGAGUCAGGAGUACCUGGGGAGCCAGAGCAACCUCCAGGGCUGGUCACCAGGGGCCGCCCUGACCCAGCAGGACAACUUGAUGUUCCAGGCUGAGGAAGCCCAGCUGGGCGGCAUAGAGUACCCGUCCUUGAGUAUGGGCCUUCCCAUACAGCCCCAGCCUUAUCUGGAAGAAGGCGGGAUCCAGGCCACCCGAACCGCCAGCCUGAUGCUGCAGCAACUACAGCAGGGCCAAGGCAACCUCUUCCAGCAACUGGAGUCUGCCUACCAGGGGGCCGGGCCCGACUUCCCGGGCCUGUUCAGCAUGUACCAGGGAGAUGACCUGCAGUUCGGCCACGAUGCCCCGCAUGGGCCCUACUUGAGGGAUGACCCCGCCCUCCAGGUCUCCCUCUCCGAGCUGGGCUUCACGCCCUUCACUGUGGAGGUGCCUGAGCCGGAGCCUCGGGAGCUGGCCGUGCAGAACGCCAAGGCCUACCUGCUGCAGACCAGUGUCAACUGCAGCCUCAGCCUGUAUGAGCACCUGGUGAACCUGCUGACCAAGAUCCUGAACCAGCGGCCCGAGGAUCCCUUGUCCAUCCUGGAGUCGCUGAACCGCACCACGCAAUGGGAAUGGUUCCACCCCAAGCUGGACACCACGCGGGACGACCCGGAGAUGCAGCCCACCUACGAGAUGGCCGACCGGCAGAGGGCGCUAUUCGUCAGGAGCAGCGGAGGCGAGGGCGAGCAGGAGAUGGAGGAGGAGGUGGCUGACUCCCCGGUGCCCAACGUCAUGGAGUCGGCCUUCUACUUCGAGCAGGCCGGCGUGGGCCUAGGCUCGGACGAGAGUUUCCGCAUCUUCUUGGCCCUGAAGCAGCUGGUGGAGCAACAGCCCAUCCACACGUGCCGCUUCUGGGGCAAGAUCCUGGGGCUCCGCCGCAGCUACCUGGUGGCCGAGGUGGAGUUCCGGGAGGGCGAGGAGGAGGCCGAGGAGGAGGAGGUGGAGGAGCCGGCGGAGGGCGGCGAGACCCCGGACUCGCCGGGCGAGGAGGAGGGCGAGGAGGACGAAGAGAAGGCCGUCGACGUCGUCCCCAAGCCGCAGUGGAAGCCGCCGCCCGUGAUCCCCAAGGAGGAGAGCCGCUCGGGCGCCAACAAGUACUGGUACUUCGUGUGCAACGAGCCGGGCGGGCCGUGGACGCGGCUGCCGCCCGUCACGCCCAUCCAGAUCGUGCAGGCCCGCAGGAUCCGCAAGUUCUUCACCGGCCACCUGGACGCGCCCGUCGUCAGCUUCCCGCCCUUCCCGGGCACCGAGGCCAACUACCUGCGGGCGCAGAUCGCCCGCAUCUCGGCCGCCACGCAAGUCAGCCCGCUCGGCUUCUACCAGUUUGGGGAGGAGGAGGGCGACGAGGAGGAGGAGGGCGGCGCGGGGCGCGACUCCUACGAGGAGAACCCCGACUUCGAGGGCAUCCCGGUGCUCGAGCUGGUGGACUCCAUGGCCAACUGGGUGCACCACACGCAGCACAUCCUGCCGCAGGGCCGCUGCACUUGGGUGAACCCUUUGCAGAGGACGGAGGAGGAAGAGGAGCUAGGGGAGGAGGAAGAGAAGGCAGAGGGGAUGGAGGAGGUGGAGCAGGAGGUCGGGCCCCCGCUGCUGACGCCGCUCUCAGAAGACGCAGAAAUCAUGCACAUGACACCCUGGACCACCCGCCUGUCCUGCAGCCUCUGCCCGCAGUACUCUGUGGCUGUCGUGCGCUCCAAUCUUUGGCCAGGGGCCUAUGCCUACGCCAGUGGCAAGAAGUUUGAGAACAUCUACGUGGGCUGGGGCCACAAGUACAGCCCGGAGAACUUCAACCCCCCGCUGCCGGCGCCCACGCAGCAGGAGUUCCCCAGCGGCCCGGAGAUCAUGGAGAUGAGCGACCCCACGGUGGAAGAGGAGCAGGCCCUCAAGGCGGCCCAGGAGCAGGCCCUGAUGGCCGGGGAGGAAGAGGAGGAAGAUGAGGAGGAAGACGAGGAGGAGGACCCGGAUGACUGAAGGGCGCGCCGGCAGUGGCAGGUCUUCCCUUAGACAUAGUCAGUGAGCGGUUGUUGCUUUUUUCACUGUUGGUUUGCUUUCUGCCCCUGGAGGGCAGGAGUAAAAGAGCAAAGGAGCUGCUCUAAAUAAAAUGUCCCCAUGGCAUUAGG